UGAUUAAAUGCCUUUAAAUACAAAUUUUGUAGUUAGAAUGAAUAUUUUAUAUAACAAUGAAAUAUUUUUAAAUAAUAACUGGUUUCUAUUGUUUAUUCUGUUUUUAUAGGAUCUAUAUAUUGUUAUUUGAUUUGCUUAUAAAAAAGUUGCAGAAUGGGAUACUGAUAUGAUUAUUCGAAAGUUCAUGCCGAUAACAAAACCAAAUUUGGUUGGCUCCCUCUGUCUUAUAGUUUUAAUGUUAUCUCAAUCCAUGUAUCUUGUUUGCUUCCACUUCUAUUUCAUAACUGCCAGUCUAAGGUCCAAGUGAGGCGUAUUAGUUCAUUUAGCUGGUACCACCUGAUAUUCGCAGAUGUUAGUUGAGACUUAACUAAUAUUUACAAUUGAAGUGUUGCGUGUAUCGUUCUAUGAUAUAUUUGUUUAUACUUCUAACAUUUUCAAUAUUAUUUUAACAAUAAUGAACGGAUUAGUUGCUCUAGUAACUGGUGGUGCAUCUGGAUUGGGACUUGGUGUUGUACGAAGAUUUAUAAAAGAAGGUGCGAAAGUAGCUAUUGCUGAUUUACCAACAUCUAAAGGAAAUGAAAUUGCUGAUGAACUUGGACAGUCUGCUGUCUUUACACCAAUGAAUGUGGUAUCAACGGAUGACAUAAAAGCUGCUUUAGAUACAAUACAGAAGAAAUUCCAAAAAUUGGAUGUCGUAGUAAAUGCAGCAGGAAUAGCCUACGCCCACAAAGUAUUUAAUCAUAAUACAGAGACUCCACACACUUUAGAGGUUUUUGAAAGUGUGAUUAAAGUAAAUGUUAAUGGAACAUUUAAUGUUACUAGAUUAUCUAUACCAUUGUUGUAUAAGAAUACACCAGAUAAUGAUGGACAUAGGGGAGUGAUAAUUAAUACAGCAAGCAUUGCAGCAUUGGAAGGACAAACAGGUCAGGUAGCAUAUUCUGCGAGCAAAGGUGCGAUUGUUAGUAUGACUUUGCCACUAGCUCGUGACCUAAGUAACAUUGGUGUUCGUGUUGUUACAAUCGCACCUGGAAUAUUUGAUACACCAUUGUUGGGAAUGUUACCACCGAAAGUACAUAUGUAUUUAAUGAAAUCAGUACCAUUUCCAAAUAGAUUGGGUGAUCCUGAUGAAUUUGCUAAGUUAGCACAACAUAUUGUUGAAAAUCGUUAUUUGAAUGGAGAAGUGAUAAGAUUAGAUGGUGCUCUCAGAAUGCAACCUUGAAUAUAAUUUUUUGUAUACUUUUAUGUUGUUUAUACGAACAUGGAACAUGGAUAAAGGAUUUUCAGAACAUGGAUGUCACAAAUAAAAGUUAUAUAAAAUCAGACAAAAGUGUAUAAAAAAUGAAUAAAACCGUUAAUUUUUUUACAUGCAA